UGAAAUGAAAAGACACAAAUAAAAACAUUAAUCAAAUUGCUUUUGGAUUAAGAAAAGCAGCCACACCGGCUUCAGCUUUUGUUCUAAAUGCGAGCUACAAGUUAGCUCGCCUUCACAUGCUUGUGAAUGAAUGACACCGAUAAAAAACAAAACAAUACAGUUUGAAGAAAUAUAACAAUACCCACUUCUGGAUUUGAUUCCAGGGGCAACCAGCGUGGAAUGUCCAUUUUCAACUCACAGCCCCUGGAUCUCCUGCAGUGUCGGUGCCUUCCUCUGUAGGGAAUAGCUGGUGGAGAGCAGUUGCAAAAUGACACAAACUUUGACGUAUCACGCCAGCAAGCAACGAAAUGGAAAUGCUACGACAGAAAUAUCAGACGUGCAAGAUUUCAACCACAACUGUAAAGAGAAAGAGGGCCCCAGAGCGCCAGUGGUGGUGGUGUGGAGAAAUGUCGUACUGAUGUCCCUCUUACAUAGCGGUGCUCUUUAUGGACUGACUCUCAUUCCUUCUGCAUCAGUUUAUACACUUGCAUUCACUGCAGGGUGCUACUUCUUCGGUAAUCUCGGUGUGACCGCUGGAUCGCACAGAUUAUGGAGCCACAGAUCCUAUAAAGCUUCUUUUCCCCUGCGAGUCUUCCUCGCGUUCUGUCAGACCUUGGCCCUGCAGAAUGACAUAUAUGACUGGACGAGGGACCACCGUGUCCACCACAAGCACUCCGAGACGAACGCAGACCCCCACAAUGCCACGCGGGGUUUUUUCUUCUCCCACAUUGGUUGGCUGCUGAGCCGCAAGCAUCCUGACGUCAUUCAAAAGGGACAGAAACUGGAUCUGUCAGACCUGAAGGCAGAUAAAGUGGUGAUGUUUCAGAGGAGGUAUUACAAGCUCCUUGUGCUGAGCGUGUGCUUCCUCAUGCCCACUCUGGUGCCCUGGUAUUUCUGGGGUGAAUCCUUGGCUGUGGCAUACUUCGUUCCUGGGCUCUUGAGAUACGUUUUGGGGCUCCAUGCCACCUGGCUGGUCAACAGUGCUGCCCAUAUGUGGGGCGAAAAGCCUUAUGACCAGACCAUCAGUCCAUCUGAAAACCCACUGGUAUCUUUAGCUGCCAUAGGAGAAGGCUUCCACAACUACCAUCACACAUUCCCCUUUGACUAUUCUGCCAGUGAGCUGGACUACUGGCUCAAUCCCACCACUGCCUUCAUAGAUCUGAUGUGUUUGCUGGGUUUGGCCAAGGACCGCAAGAGGGUGUCAAAGGACAUGAUCAAGGCUCGCAUGCAGCGUACGGGUGGCAGCAAAAGUAGCUGGGUCACACAAGCUGCAAACUGUAAUUAG